ACACAGGACCUUAGUCUGUCUUUGGUUCUUCUCUCUCUGUAGACACCUGAGAUCCCUGCCACAUUUUGGCCAUGAAGCUCCUUUUCCUUCUCUUGGGGGUUACCACCUUGGUCUUCCAGGCCCAGGCUCAGGACGUGGUCGUAGCACAGGAUGAAGCUGAACCACAGGAUCUGGAUGAGAUGGAAGAGGAAGCUGAGACCGAGGUCAUGGAAGCAGAGGAUGCCACUGGUAUGGACUUUCCAGGUCCUAAGUUAGGGGAAUCUCCAGCCCACUGCAGAUGGAAGCGUGGUGUUUGUCGGCCCACCCACUGUAAGAGGAAUGACAGUAAUUGCCGGCACACUCCCUGCAAGCCAGAGGAACGUAUAAUUGGAUGGUGUUUAUCUACUCAUGUGUGCUGUAGAAAAGCUUUACUGUGAGAGGUGGAAAAACCAGACACCAAAUCAUCCUUUCUGAAGAGUUAAAACGGCUACCUUAAAAGUAAACCCCUAGCAUCAA